UUUCCCCGCCUGACCAUGAUCACCGACUACCUGCUCAUCUUCCGCGUCUACGGCCUCGAGAGCCUCCGGGAGCUCUUCCCCAACUUGGCCGUUAUUAAGGGCACUAAUCUCUUUUUCAACUACGCCAUGGUGAUCUUCGAGAUGCCGCACCUGCGGGAGAUCGGCCUGUUCGGCCUCACCAACGUGCUGCGGGGUGAUGUGCGCAUCGAGAAGAACCAGGAACUUUGCCACCUCUCCACCAUCGACUGGUCGCUCAUCCUCAACUCUGGCGAGACCAGCUUCGUCUUCGGCAACAAGCAGGUGGAAGAGUGUGGAGACGUGUGUCCGGGAGCCAUGGACGGCGGCAACCCCUGCGCGCAGACCAGCUUCAAGGGUCAGACGGAUUACCGCUGCUGGACCUCCACCCACUGCCAGAAAGUGUGCCCCAGUAAGUGCAGGGACCGCAGCUGUACCGCAAGCGGCGAAUGCUGUCACAGGGAGUGCCUGGGCGGCUGCCGUCGUCCCGGGGACAACCGCAUGUGCCUGGUGUGCCGGAACUACCACUACCAGGGUGCCUGCCUGCAGCACUGCCCUGUCAGGACGUACAAGCACGCGGGCUGGCGCUGCGUCACCCAGGAAUACUGCGCCAGUCUGCACAAGACCUCCGAGCACUCCAAAGACUGGCUUCCCUUCGUGGUCUUCCAGGGGGAAUGCCUGCCCGAGUGCCCCUCCGGAUAUACGCGCGACAACAGCAGCCUGGGUUGCAGCAAGUGCCUGGGACACUGCCCCAAGUAUUGCCACGUGGGCACCAAGACCAUCGACUCUCUGGCUGCCGCCCAGCAGCUUUCCGAGUGCACGGUCGUCGAGGGCAACCUCAUCAUCAACAUCCGCGGAGGCAACGACCUUGCAGUGAAGCUGGAGGCUAGCCUGGGUCUCAUCGAAACCAUCACCGGCUUCCUGAAGAUAAAGCACUCCUUUGCUCUGGUCUCACUCUCCUUCUUCGCCAACCUCAAGUUGAUCCGCGGAGAUUCGAUGGUCGACGGGAACUACACGCUAUACGUGCUGGACAACCAGAACCUGCGGCAGCUGUGGAACUGGAAUCAGCACCGCCUCUCCAUUCCGGUCGGGCGAGUUUACUUCGCCUUCAACCCCAAGCUCUGCUUGUCCGAGAUCUACCGCAUGGAGGAAGUCACUGGCACCAAGGGCCGCCAGAACAAGGCGGAGAUCAACCCGCGCACCAACGGAGACCGGGUCUCCUGUAAGAGCCACGUGCUGAAGUUCAUCUCCAACACCACCUACACCGACCGCAUCCUGCUGACCUGGGAACGGUACCAGCCCCACAACUUCAAGGACCUCAUUAGCUUCAUCGUCUAUUACAAGGACGCCCCUUAUCAGAACGUCACUGAGUACAUUGGGCAGGACGCUUGUGUCCCCAACAGUUGGUCCAUGGUGGACGUGGACCACCCUCUUAACAAGGAGCAUUAUCCCGAGGUGAUGCUGCAUAAUCUGAAGCCCUGGACUCAGUACGCCAUCUUCGUCCGCGCCAUCACUCUCACCGUCUCUGAGACCAGUCACAGCCACGGCGCCAAGAGCCAGAUGGUCUACAUUCGCACAAAGGCGGCCGCUCCCACCGUGCCGCAGGACGUGGUAUCCAUGUCGAAUUCAUCCUCGCAGCUGAUCGUCAAGUGGAAGCCGCCGAUCCAGCGGAACGGGAACCUCACCUACUACCUGGUGGUGUGGCAGCAACAGCCCGAGGACGGGGAGCUCUUCACUAAUGACUACUGCCACAAGGGGCUGAAGCUGCCGACCAGCGUGGUGGCCAGCGCCCCCGAUGACUACGACCACGACUUCUCCAAUGAUUCCAGGCCAGAGAGCGGAGAACAUUGCUGCCAGUGUCCGAAAACACAGGAACAGUUGGAGCAGGAGGCCGAGGAAACCUCCUUCCGCAAGAAGUUCGAGAACUUCCUCUAUAACUCCAUCUUCGUCCUCAGAAAACCCAAGACAGUGCAAGGCAUGAAGCCCAGGCCGCUGAGGCGACGAAGAGAUGCCCCGAGCUUGUGGAACGGGACGGUGUCCACAGUCAAUGUCUCGCUGUCAGAGGCCGGCCUAAACCUAACGGCGGGCAACGGUUCGGGGGCCGAGGGGAAGUCGCGCACCGACUUUCCGUACUUCGAGGACAAGGUGUUCAACAGGGAGCGGAUCGUCAUUUCGAACCUGCGGCACUUCACUGAGUACCGUAUCAACAUUCACGUGUGCAACCACGCCGCCCAUAAGGUGGGCUGCAGUGCUGCCACCUUCGCCUUCGCUCGCACCAUGCCCAAGGCUCAAGCCGACGACAUCGUGGGGAACGUGACGUGGGAGCUGGUGAGCGCGGACACAGUGCUACUGCGGUGGCCCGAACCAUCGGACCCCAACGGGCUCAUCCUCAAGUACGAGAUCAAAUACAGCCGGGACAACGAGGAGUUCCACCAGUGCGUGCCCCGCCAUGUGUACCAGCGGUACGGAGGGGCGCGGAUCAGCCGGUUACAGCCGGGGAACCACACGGCCACAGUGCACACCACCUCGCUGGCCGGCAACGGCUCUUGGACCGAGCCCAUCACCUUCUACAUCCCCGCCCUGCCCCUUGAGCAGAAGUACGAGGAUUUCUUGACGGUACUGACUCUGAUGCCUGUGGCCCUACUGAUCACCGUCCUGCUUCUGGCCCUCGUCGUUUACAUCUACAACAAGAAGAGGAUUAACGGAUUCCUCAACGGCACCCUAUAUAUGUCAGUGAAUCCUGAGUACUUCAACGCAGCUGACAUGUACGUGGCGGACGAGUGGGAAGUCCCGCGGGAGACCAUUACCAUUAUUAAGGAGUUGGGCCAGGGAUCCUUCGGUAUGGUGUACGAGGGCAUCGCCCGGCUGGCGACGACGGGCCAGACCGAGACCCGCGUGGCGCUGAAGACGGUGAACGAGUCGGCAAGCAGGCGGGAGCGCAUCGAGUUCCUCAAGGAGGCGUCCGUGAUGAAGGCCUUCGACUGCUACCACGUGGUGCGUCUGCUGGGGGUUGUGUCGAGGGGACAGCCCACCCUCGUCAUCAUGGAGCUCAUGACCCGGGGAGAUCUCAAGAGCCACCUCCGUUCGCUGCGGCGGAGCACAGAGAGCGACCAGAGUUUCUCGCCUCCCACGCUGAAAGACAUGAUGCAGAUGGCGGGCGAGAUCGCUGACGGGAUGGCCUACCUCAACGCCAAUAAGUUCGUGCACCGAGACCUGGCGGCUCGUAACUGCAUGGUGUCCGAGGACCUUACUGUCAAGAUCGGAGAUUUCGGGAUGACCCGGGACAUUUACGAGACGGAUUAUUACCGGAAAGGUGGUAAGGGGCUGCUCCCCGUGCGCUGGAUGGCCCCGGAAUCCCUCAAAGACGGGAUCUUCAGCCCACACACCGACGUCUGGUCGUUCGGGGUUGUGCUGUGGGAGAUCGCCACUCUGGCAGAACAGCCGUACCAGGGCAUGUCCAACGAACAGGUCCUACGUUUCGUAUUGAAUGGGGGCACGCUGGGGAAGCCCACUAAAUGCCCUGAGAGACUGCACGAACUGAUGCAACUUUGUUGGCAGCAGAGCCCGCGGUCGCGGCCGACUUUUGUACAGAUCCUGGAGCGGAUGACAGACGCCAUGCGGCCUAACUUCCGGGAGGUCUCGUUCUUCCACAGGGGCUCGGCACAGUUGCGGGACACGGGCGGCUGCGGGACACCUCGCUUCCUGCCGGGAGCCAGCUCCUCGCCCUGCUCCUCGGGGCCCCGCACGCCACUCACUCAGUCUCCCGCCAUCGCCGAGCGCAGCCGGGGGCCCCACCCAGGCUACUGCCACCUAAACGGGAAGGCGGGUGGCGCGGAGACUGCUAGCACGCUGUAGCCCAGGCUCGGGAACAGCCCACUUCCGCUGCCUCUGGACUCUCCGCAGCCUCUGUUACCCUGUCCGCUCGUUGGAAGCUCCAAACACAACCAAUAAACCUCCUCCUCCAGUCAGCCUGAUGUCGUUGCAUGUUCGGACUUAAUCCAGGGGACAUCACCCACUCCAGAAUGAGGGUGUUCCUCCGGGACUGUGGGAGUGGCGGUAUUGAGGAAGCGUCGUACUGUGGAGAGGUGGUGGGGGGGGGGUGGUACUGAGGGAGGGAGAGAGAUCGCACUGUUGGAGGGACAGUGGCCGGGUGAGUGUC